UUAAUUUGUGGGAGGGGAGAAGGGCUGGGCUCUAAUGUUGCACAUUUAUAUGUGGGCUGCUUUGAUUUUUUUUUGCCAGGGCUGCGUUUUACUCCAAAUCUUGCCUUUUAAUUACUUUCUUUUUUGGUGUUACGGUUCCUUUAAAACUAAAAAAAACUGUCCAAACAUAGGUUUACAUAAUAAUGAUGACUGGCCAGUAUAAAAAGGUCUGAAACAUACCCUUAUUAGCAUUUCAUAGUAUGGGACUGGGAUGGGAUGUUUCAUGCUCAUUUACUUAUUUGGUGCGAACCAAUGCACGCUGGACUCCCGCUCCUCACCACUGUUCUCUCUACUGUUAUUGAUUUUUUUUUACCUCAUCUAGUUCAGACUGUGGAGUCUUGUGAAGGCAGGAGAGCUUAUUGUAUGCAGUUGGAGGGGUGCUUUGCACAGGGACGCACUCAAAUAUGUGUUUACAUGUACUUACACUACAACACAGGGAGUCAGGCUUUGUUUGCUAUCUUUUAUAUACAACCCUACUAUAAGACCUGCCGAUGCGUACGGUGCCUUCGUUGAAACUGUGUUUUAUUCUCUAACGCGUAUCACCCUGGUAGAACUUUUUGGAUCAGCCCAUGCUCCGGUUGCAGUGUCUGUACAAGCGGUGGUUUGUUAAGGGAUCACCAGGCGUGCUGGCGUUGCAUUUCUGGUAACUGAGCAAGAUCUAAAAGUUAUAAGAUGAAUGCAUGAAAGAACUUGGCACAACAGCCGCUGGCACUAUCGUCAAAGGCGUGGUGAGUCGAGUCUGAAGUUGUGACGUCGAGUUGUUUGCACUCUGCUUUCUCUGGAUCAGGAUUACAGCAAUGGAAGAAGAGCAAGCAGCAGCCUUGGAGCCGCAUUCAGAGAGCAACAUUCCAGAUGCUUUGUCUAGGCUUUGGACAGAUGUAAUGGGAAUACUGGAUGGUUCACUGGAGAACAUUGAUGACCUUGCUGAGCAAUAUGCUAAUUAUUACGACACCUGUUCCACAGAUGUGUGUGAAAGAAUGGAGAAACUGGCCAAGCAACAUAUUUCUCAAGACCUUGAUGCAGAAUCAGAUGGAAUUAAUAGUAAACUACCAACACCAGAGACAGAAAUAAAGCUUUCUCUUCAUAAAUCAGAGUCAGAAAACUCUGAAGAUGACCCCAUAGGAAAAAAUUACUGGAAGAAGAAGAAUAAGCAUUUUUGGCAAAGCUUCCACAAAAGCCCAAAAGAAGUAAUGAGGCAGACUUCAAAGGGUGAAGGUAUUGGAUACAUCGCCAGUGAAAUUACAAUGAGUGAUGAAGAGCGAAUACAUCUGAUGUUGAUGGUUAAAGAAAAAAUGAUCACUAUUGAAGAGGCACUAGCCAGGCUGAAGGAAUAUGAGUGCCAGAAAAGCGUGCCAGGCACAGAGAACUCAGUAGACUGGACUGAGGGUUCAUAUUCAGCAUUUGAUGAGUCUACCAACUGUACUUCAGUAGAACAAUCAGAAGAUGAGUCGGAAGAUACAGUCAAAUUUAAAAGACUCCAAAAACUGGUGAAUUCAACACGUCGAGUCAGGAAGAAACUAAGUAGGGCAGAAGAAAUUAAAAAGUCUAAUAUUGAAGGUUUAGAUGAUCAAACUGUUCAUUGUUCUCCUAUAGUGGAUGAUAAAUCUGCACUAUAUGCUGAUGUUCACAAGAAGCCGCUAUGUAAAGAAAGGUCAGCAGAAAAAAAGCUAGAGGAUGGCUUUCUGUGUGUAUCUUCUUCAUCUACUGACAUAGACCCAAUGAUUGUAAACAGGAGACUUGCAAAAACAUUAAGCAAAACUGAAUCUGGAGGUCUCAUCAAGCCCCCAAAGAAGAUUGGAACUUUCUUCUCCUGCCCUGAAGAUGAAAAAGUACAGAAGGUCUCCUGCUCUGUGACAGAAAGAGAGAUGAAAAAAAGACUUUGUUCUAUAAAUCAUGGUAGGACUUCCAGUUUUGGUGGAUUUGACCUUACUAACCGCAGACUAAAUGCUAUGAAUUAUGAUGAUGAACAAUUGGAAAAAGACGUAGAUGUGAUCUACAAAGACUUGUUUAAGUCUCCGUCUACCCCACGCAUCUCUCUCGGUAAAAAAGUGAAGUCGGUUAAAGAAACCAUGAGGAAAAAAAUGUCCAAAAAAUAUUCAAGUUCCAUUUCCGAGCAGGACUCCAGCACUGAUGAUAUACCAGCCAUCCAUGAAAUUCCUCAGCCUCAAAUCAGUUUUCUAGAAAAGUCUAAGCUUAAAGCAGGAGGAUCUGUAGAAAGCCUUCGAAGCUCACUAAGUGGACAGAGUUCAAUGAGUGGGCAAACAGUUAGCACAACAGAUUCUUCAGCUAGUAACAGAGAAAGUGUCAAAUCUGAAGAUGGGGAUGAUGAGGAACCACCAUAUAGGGGGCCAUUCUGUGGCAAAGCCAGAGUUCACACAGAUUUUACACCUAGUCCAUAUGACUCAGACUCAUUAAAACUUAAGAAGGGAGACAUCAUCGAUAUUAUAAGCAAGCCCCCUAUGGGUACAUGGAUGGGUCUAUUAAAUAACAAAGUUGGAACAUUUAAAUUCAUUUACGUGGACGUAUUAAAUGAAGCUGAGAAAAAACCAAAACGACCAAGAAACAGAAGGAAAGAAAUACUGAAGCCAAAGUCUGUUGAAGAGCUUUUAGAGCGGAUCAAUUUAAAGGAACACAUGCCAACCUUCCUUUUCAAUGGCUAUGAAGACUUGGAUGCCUUUAAGCUUUUGGAGGAAGAAGACUUAGAUGAACUGAAUAUUCAAAACCCAGAACACAAAGCAGUUUUGCUUACCGCAGUUGAACUGUUGCAAGAAUAUGACAGUAACAGUGACCAUUCAGGGUCUCAGGAGAAAAUGCACACAGAAGGCGAAAGUACAAGUGAGUGCUCCCACCGAGACUCAGGAUGCUUCGAAAACAGAAAAACUCUGAGGCCUUCCCCCACGUAUACUGAAUCAUCAUCAAGUCAUGAUUGCAGCAGAGGCAAGAACAUUCAUCAUUCGACAGUGACUAAGUUAUUGUCAAGGGAAGCUCUCAAACCAAGUGAAAAUGGAAACAUGAAUAAACUCUACAGUGUAGCUAGCUGUGCAAAGUCAGUUAACAUUGCAGGAUUAAAGAAGAACUGGAGAAGCCUUCCAGAUGUUUAUAGUAGCUGUGAAAUUGAUAAAGGUCAGUUUGUAAAACUGUGGCAAAGAUCUCACUCUUUGGAAAAUUUGUCAGGCUUCAUCCAAGAUGCGACGCAAACCAGAUUAUUUUUACCAGAUAAGGAUAAAGAGACAUGUUGUAACUUUGCUAUAAGGAAAGAAGGAGAUGUUCACGGCAGGAUUUCUUGCAGAGUACAACAUUUGCAGCACUUAAAGGAAGAGUUGGUGGAUGCUAUACCAAGGACUGGCGGUGUGAAUAGUCAAGCGAGAAUAAAUCUGAUUUUACAACAUCUUACAAACACUGACAAUAACGUUAUAUCAUCUAUACCUUUAUGUCCUACCAAAUUACAAACAAAAAAAUCAUCACAGCCUCCACCAGUUCCAGCCAAAAAAUACAGAGGAUGUUUUGUUAAUGGGCUAUUUCAUCUUGCCGCUACUGACUAUGGGACAAAUACAGAGGAAAGUCAUCUUUCAGAUACAAAAAUGGGCCCACUCAGCCAAGAUGACUAUCCAAAGCUUUCCUCCCAUUCGGGUGAAUCCAUUACCCCCACUUCUCCUAGACCAUCUCGGUCCCUCAACCUUCCAAAAGCUCCUACUAAUACUCCGCAUGCAGUAAAGCUAGCCCCUGCAUAUGAUAAAAAAAUCUUAUGUAUCAACGGAAAGGAUCUGCAGGUUUUAAUAGAAAACAAACUGCAAUCUGAGGAGAUUGACCUCACUGAAGAACCAUAUUCUGAUAAGCAUGGACGCUAUGGGAUCCCAGAGGCAUUAAUUGAACGUUAUUCAGAAGAUUUAGGUCAGCCAGAGAAGGAUGUGGCAGCAACAAUGGACCUGAUACGAGCUAAACAUCUGAUGAAAUUACAUCGUAUGGCUAUACUGAGUGGUGGACUUACUGAAAUCUGCAGAAAACCUGUUUCUCCCAGACAUAUUUCAUCAGUCACGGAUUGGCUUGUUUCAGUUGGAUUACCCAUGUAUGCUCGCCCACUUGCAGAAGCAGGAAUUACCACUUUAAGUACAUUGCCUUCUCUUUCACAGACUCAUCUGCAAAGAGCUGGGAUAAAGGAGGAGAGGCACAUAAAUAAACUACUAAGUGCAAGAAUGAUAAAAUCCAUAUGCGCAGAGGCUGUAAACAGUACAGUUUUUGAUGCACAGUGAGACUUGUCAAAACUGAUACAUCUCAAAGUUAUAGGGCUAAUAUUUUAAUAUGAGUUCUAUAUUGUGCCAGUGCAGUAAUCAGUAACAACCAAUCAUUAAUUUUUAUAAUCAAUAUACUAACCUUUAGAAAAUAAAAGCAAAACUCUGGUUGUAACAUUACUGGAAUUUAGUCAGGGUUGUGUAGUUAUAUAAGCUAAAAAAGUUAUGGGAAACAAAUCAUUUGCAGUAUUGUUUACUGAUUGAGUUAUUCUUAAAAUGUGGGGCCAUUAAACAUUUUGUGUUCCAAUG